AUGAAACUUCCUUCAUCUGUUUCCAGGGUAACCGAUUGGUUAACAGAAAAAUCAGCGUCAGAGUAUUCCAGGCUUGCCUCAUAUCGCGCAGAGGCCUCGAGGAAAGCAGAGAAAAGCACGUCCAUUCUUCGUAAGCAUUGGAUUGUUAAGAGGUACUGGCCUCUAUUUCUACCUGGCUUGAUAUGGCUUUCCCUUUUUAUUUUCUUUCAGAACUUUCAACCUUGGGCCAAUGCUCGCCAUUGCCAGUUCCUGGGACAGCUGGAUGCGGCAAAAGAGGGUAUAAAGCCUUAUAACAUCAUGUUAGUGGCGGACCCUCAGUUGAUAGACAAUAACACUUAUCCUAAUUACGGUAAGUUCGCCUUGUGGCUAUCGACAUUUACUGUGGACAAUUACAUAUACAAGAACUACUGGCAGUUGGUGGACACUUUGAAGCCGGAUGCCGUGGUUUUCUUGGGUGAUUUACUGGACAAUGGUAGGGAAUCCUCGGACGUUUACUAUGAGUACGAGUUCAGACGGUUCAACAGAACUUUCCAGCCAGAAUUGUUACGCAAGAGAGGAAUUGAAGUUGUUCUCAACAUACCGGGUAAUCACGAUAUUGGCUUUGGAAACGGCGUCACCAAGCCCUCUCUUGACAGAUUUGAGAAGCAUUUCGGCAAAACCAACCAGGUCAUUUCACGUGCAGGUCAUCAAUUUGUCAUGUUAGACGCCAUCUCUUUAUCCAACACACGUUAUGAAGCGGUUUCUGCAGAAUCUAAGGUAUUCCUUAGGCAGCUUCACGAUGAUGUUUCCCACCCUCCUCGAAUUUUGUUCAACCACGUUCCUUUGUAUCGUGAUCCUAAAGAGGCCACAUGUGGUCCGUUCAGGGAGUCUGAAAAAUGUCUUCCGGCCGUUGCAGGAUACCAAUAUCAGACACUAAUCAAUCCUACCAUUUCAAAUGUUAUCUUAAGGUACGCCCAGCCAAGCAUUAUCUUUUCCGGGGAUGAUCACGACUACUGUGAGAUGGUGCACACCUAUGAGUACAAUGGCGAACAGAAGCACGCUAUUGAAAUCAAUGUUAAAUCGAUUUCUAUGGCAAUGGGUAUAUGGAAACCUGCCGUUCAGCUUCUUACCGUGUUUGAUAAGCCACUUAAAGGUAAAGUUGUUAGGGUCAACGGCGAAGAGGUCAAGGAUAUCGAGCCUACGUUCAUGUAUUCCAUGUGCAUGUUAACGCCUCCAUACGAGGACAUAAUAUUCUACAGUAUAUUUGCUGCAGUAAACUUCUUAUUUUUUGUUUACAUCUGCUGCAAGCCAGAAAAAUGGCGUUCCAGUAUGGCUAUCGACGAUGUCUACGAAGAGCCAAAAUUGUGGAACCGAAUCAAGGCAAUAAACAUUAAAAUGUUAUUCGAGCUCUGUUUGGUAGGGUUCGUGGUGGUGUGGUUUGUUUACUAUACUUUAUUUACUGUGCAUUAUUAUUAG